GAACAGGGCGCCUCUAGUCAGUUAGCUCCUGACGUUUGGGUAUCAUGUGAAUGGUUGAGUUCCCAUGGUUCAGUGUGAGCUCGCUUGCCCCACCCCAUCUCUCCCCUCAUCUGUAACUCUCAGUAUUAAAAUAUAAUAAUAAAUCCCGAGGAAAUGCGAGAGCGAGGAGGAACAAGAAAAUAGGGGCAGGAAGAAAGCGCCUUCUUCUGGGCAGGAUUUUGUUUUGGAGAGAUCCAAUUUGCCUUUUCCUCCCCCCCCAUCUCCCCCCUCCCUGUUACCCCUCUGCUCCCCGCGUUUGCUGGAAAAGCCAGGGAGGAGGAUUCGGGAGCCUGGAAACCUAAUGUGAGGCAGCAAGAGCUACAGCGGCGGCAAGGGAAGGAGAGGAAGAGAAAGCGAGAGAACUAGCAGAGGGCCUUGGUGUAGAGCAACCACCAUUAGGAGGAGAGCAAGAAGAAACUGCCGCCGCCGCCGCGGAAUAUUCAGAGGAGGAAAAUCUAUAACCCAGCCCAGAAAGGAAAGCGGGGACUCCUCUUUCCCAGCCAGCAGCCGAAGCGUUGGCUUUGACCCCUUCGGGCGCUUCACCCUUUUUUGGAGAGGCGGUGUGCGUGUUACAAGGAGAAGAGCGAGCGAGCGGAGGGGAAAGGAAGGAAGGAAGAAAAGGAGCAAGGAAGAGACAUUUCUAGAUUCUCCGUGGCCAGGAUUUUGGGGAGGUUUCUCCGCUUGGAGCUUGUACCUUGAAUCUGAAGGAGGAUUAUCUAGACUGGGGGAGAGGAAAGGAGAGAGCGGUCUCGUUGUUGUUGUUAUAAUUAUUAUUAUAUUUCGCCCUCCCCCACCAUUGGAGGUGGCGUGGAAGCUGGAGAUAUAAAAAUACACUUUUUUUCUUUUCUUUUCUUUUUUUUGCUGCUGCUGCUGUUGCAGGAUUUGGGGGGGUGGGGGAGAAGGAGGAAGAGGGAGGCAGUCUUUUUUAACCCGUGAUCCUGCGGAGAUCUCCCCCCCUCUUUUUUUGUGGCUGCCAAUCUCCCUCUCUUCCCUACCCCCCCACCUUUCUUCACCCCGUAUUUUUUUCUUUUUAAAAAGAGGAUCUGCAUUGCGAGAGGAUCUGGCCGAACUGUGGGGGAAAGGAGGUGGAGGCCUGGGUUGAGCAGUAGCAAAGUCAUCGCUCCCCCCCUUCCCCCACCCCGUAGUAGGCUCCGGGCUCAGCUCUCUCCAUGUCUUUGGGCAGCGGCAGCUGUGAGUAAAAAGCUAAAAUCAAGAGGGGGGAAGGAAAGAGGACCCCCCCCCCGACACACACACACACCUCCCUCUUUGCAAGCCCCGAUUGCUUCCUGCUUCCUCCCUUCUCUCCCUCCUGCCUCCCCCCCUUACCCCCACCCCGGCCUCCCCUUCCCCCCAAGUCCUCCCCCCUUCCACUCUGCCUCCCCCCACCCCAAGAUGGGCUGUUUAGGGAACAGCAAGACCGAGGAUCAGCGCAACGAAGAGAAGGCGCAGCGAGAGGCCAACAAGAAAAUCGAGAAGCAGCUGCAGAAGGACAAGCAAGUCUAUAGGGCCACGCACCGGCUCCUUUUGCUGGGUGCUGGUGAAUCUGGUAAAAGCACAAUUGUUAAACAAAUGAGGAUCUUGCAUGUGAAUGGAUUUAAUGCAGAGGAGAAAAAAAUGAAAAUUCAGGAUAUUAAAAACAAUAUUAAAGAAGCUAUAGAGACAAUAGUGACAGCAAUGGGAAAUCUUGCACCUCCAGUUGAGCUAGCCAAUCCAGAUAAUCAGUUUCGAAUCGACUACAUAUUAAACUUAGCGAACCAGAUAGAUUUUGACUUCCCACCAGAGUUCUAUGAACAUACAAAAACACUUUGGCAAGAUGAAGGUGUGAAAGCCUGCUAUGAAAGAUCUAACGAAUAUCAGUUGAUCGAUUGUGCACAGUAUUUUCUAGACAAGAUUGACAUUGUCAAGCAAAAUGAAUACACACCUUCUGAUCAGGACCUUCUUAGAUGCAGAGUUCUGACAUCAGGAAUAUUUGAAACCAAGUUUCAGGUGGACAAAGUAAACUUUCAUAUGUUUGAUGUUGGUGGGCAGCGAGAUGAACGCCGAAAAUGGAUCCAGUGUUUUAAUGAUGUGACUGCUAUCAUAUUUGUGGUGGCCAGCAGUAGCUACAACAUGGUUAUACGAGAGGACAAUCAGACCAAUCGGCUUCAAGAAGCAUUAAACCUCUUCAAGAGUAUCUGGAACAACAGGUGGCUACGGACCAUAUCAGUAAUUCUUUUCCUGAACAAACAGGAUCUGCUAGCAGAGAAGGUUUUGGCAGGGAAAUCUAAAAUUGAAGACUACUUUCCAGAAUUUGCUCGCUACACCACACCAGAGGAUGCAAUACUGGAACCUGGUGAGGAUCCUAGAGUUACAAGGGCCAAGUAUUUUAUUAGAGACGAAUUUCUUAGAAUCAGCACAGCAAGUGGAGACGGAAGGCAUUACUGCUAUCCUCACUUCACAUGUGCAGUGGAUACAGAAAAUAUUCGGAGGGUUUUCAAUGACUGUCGGGACAUUAUUCAACGGAUGCACCUUCGCCAAUAUGAGUUAUUGUGAUGGAGAGCACUUUUUCUCUGUUUUGGACUCCUUAUUCCUUAUUAAAAAGAAGAAAAAAAAUCUUGCCCACAUAGGGUGGAAGAGAACUGUUGCGAUCUCCCUCUGAUUUGCAUCCCUCAACCUUUUCUCCUUGCUGGACAAAUAGCAGCACUUCUAAGCUUGCUUGUUUCACCCCCUCGGAACAGUUGGAGAUGGCCCUUGAAAUGUAAAAGGCCAUUUCCAUGAGUAGGGGAAGGGUUUCUCUAACACUGUCAUUAACAAAAAAAUAAUUAAUAACGCUCUGAAUGUGGAGCACCUGAGAGGAUUUGGGGAUUAAAGUUAAAUAUUAAAAAGCAAACAAAAAAGAAUAUGGGAGAGAGAACUUUAGGUAAUUAGCACUGUUGUGGGCAUAAUCAUAUAUCCCAUGAUUUCAACUUUGUAUCCAUUCACUGCAUCAGACAAAAGAAGGUGCCAAGUCACAGACCAAGUUGAAAGGACAGAUGCUUGAGUUUGGUUCUCUGCCUCUGAAUGUGACUUUGAGCGGAAAUACUGACAAUUCUGCAACAAAUCUAGACAGUGCAAAACCAUCUGCUACCUUCAGAAAGGUGUUGAACCUUGGCGGUCUUAAGGUGACCAGGGACGUGAAAUGAACUGCAUUAUGGCCUGUGAUUGCAGAAAGAGUUAACCACACACUGUUUUCAGUUUGUCCACUGAUGAUCCUGUCUGCUAUAAACAACAACAAAAAAUCAUUAUCUGGACUGUAGUCCUCACAAUCUUUCCCUUCUUUCUUUCUUCUCCCUCCUUCCACCCUCUUCCCCGCCUCUUUCUUCCCAAUUUUUAUUUUACUGCUGGAUUAUUAUUCUUGUACAGACUGUAAAAUGUAUUAUUUUGUACAACUUUAUUGAAAAAAAUAACUUGUAGAAGAUCUUUGUGCCUUGAUUAUGGCUGUACCUGUGCAAUGAGCUAAGAUGUAAGUAUGUUUGAUUGCGCUGUACAGCUUUGUCAACCCUAUCAGCAGCAUUCGUUCAAGGUAGGGAAAAUUUAUCUGUAGUUUAGGGUUUUUUUCUGGUUUAUAAAAGGAGGAGGAAAAAAAUACUCUUUAGUAAAAAAAGAAAAAAGAAAAAAAGUACAAAUUGUGCAAACUUAACCACUUUAAAAGUGAGGUCUACAACAAAUGACCGGAUGUUGCAGCAUCAUGCUUUUUAAUUUUUAGCUUUAACUCAUUUAAAUCUCUAUCCAAAUGCAAAACAUGGCUUGUUUCUACAUAAACCAAAUUUUGCUACAAAUUAUAAAUGUUAGUCUUUGUCAUUCAUAGUUUUCUCCCCCCUUUUUUUUUGGCAAAAAGACAAAAAGAACAAAAAAUAAACACAACAGGCAUUGUGCAGGCCUAGUGGCUGUCUGUAUGCUGGGUCAGAUACCUUUCCACCCUCCACUAUUUCUUCGUGGGCACAAGACCCCCCAACUGACAAGGUUACCUUAUCCCUGGAUUUGGCCACUGAAUUUCAGUUUCAAAUGACAUUUUAUUUCUCUUUUAAUAAAGAGAUAUCUUAAAACUUUAUUUUAUAUUAACUAUAUACUAGCUUAAAGUGAAGAUGUGUGGAUUUUUUCUUAAACUUGAAUAAUUUAUGCAAAUUAUAUGCUUAGAACAACAUGUGGUACAGUUAAAAAAAAAGCAAAAAUCACUGUAGCAAUAAGAGAGCAUGUAAUUUAGUAACUACUACACUGCUUUAUAUUUUAUAUUUAGGUGUUUUAUGUCUCUGUGAGCAUGUUACUUUUUCAUGUGUCUAAACCUAAAUGUACAAAUUUGUACAGUCUAAAAUUACAGCUAUAAUAACACAUAUAGAACAGUGUUAGCCUAUAUUACUCAAGCCACUCCCUUGCCCCACCCUGAACAUUGGGCAGGAUGGGAAGCAAAUCGGGAUCAUAAGACAGUGAUAUUCUUUUGUAAAAGAAAAUUGCCUUUUACACAAGAGCCGCCCCCUGCCCCUGACAUUACUUUAAUUUCUUAAGGAUAAGUUCUGGUUCAGAAGCUGUGCCGUGGCCAAGAAUUUCUACAGGUGCCAGAGCCCUAUUUAAUGUUAAGAGUUGCAGGUGUUGAGGAUCAUGAAGAGGACAGAUGAUUUUGUGACUAAACCUCUUGUAGCAAAAAGAACUGCCUAUCUGCUUUCACACAUGCACUAAACAGUGGUGGCACAUUUCUCUCUGCUGGAGUAGAAGGAAUUGGAUGGUCUUCUGCAUAACACAAGUAUAUCGAGGCUGUCAGUGCAUGUGAUAGCAAGGGGACAGCAUGCGUGGCUUUUUCUGGUUUCUAUUGCUGCAGUGCUUCCAAGCACAUGGAGAGCCGAGGCACUUUUGAGUUUAAAAACGAGCUUGCCUCAUCAGGUGUGGAGACUGCAGAACUGUCAAGCGACUGAGGAAGCUGUGACUGUGUGUGCAGCUCUCCCACAUGCCCAGAAUAGAGACUUUGGAUUGCAACCUGUUGAUGCAGUUAAGCCAAAUCAAAUUAAGACUGCCCAUUUUCAAAUGUUUAAAAUGUUUGCCUUGGGAGUAUUGGAAUCAGUGGCAAAGUCUGACCCAGAAAUACCUCUUUGCCAAUAUGACUUCAGCUAGUGCCUGUUGUUUGGAUUUCAAUAGGUAAAGAGGGGGGACACAUACAACAGUAAGGUAUAAAACGUGAGCCUUAAUUUUAAUUACGAAAGCCAAAUCUUUUCAGUUGAGUGCCAAACCUAUUUUAUUGCUUAAAGCCUGGAAGGUGAUACAAGAGUCUAAUUAAUAAUUAGAAAACAAGCUAUUUGCAAGGAAUGUAAUGUGUGACAAAAACAAAGCCUCACCUCAUAUAACGAGGACACCUUUAACUGGUGAAGAGAGUAGGCAGGCGUAUGUAACAAAAUGUGUGUCUACACACGGGCACACACAACCAUUUUUUAAAACUUCCUAUAAAACUUUAAAUGGAAAUGUUUGGGAUGCCUUUUUAACUUGCAGUGGAGGAAAGCGACAUGUUGAUACCAGUUUGGGCUGCACAUGUAUGGAGUGAGUGUUUGUGUGCCUGCGCGUGUGCGUGAGUCGUCUCAGUAUUGCCUCUGUUUGUCUCUUAAGUUCAUGCAGUUGGUGGCCUGGUAAACGCAAGUCUUAUUUUAACAGCUUUUUCUUUGUUUUGUUUUUAUUUUUAAUACAAAAAACCCAUAAAGCUUCAAUGCUUGCUAUUUAA